GCCAACGAUUUAGGGAAGAAGAGAUGAUCCAUGGCGACGGCACUGAGGGGUGUAUUGGGAGCUAAAAUUCCGCCCAACUCGAAGACAUUGGAGGAGGUGAGGAGCAAGACCUUUGAUUUCUUCAGAAAAGUGUGUCGCUCACUUCCCACCGUGAUGAACAUCUACAACCUCGACGACGUCGUUACCAUCUCUCACCUCCGAUCGACCAUCUCUGCAGAGAUUCGCAAGAACGCCAACGUCACCAACCCCAUGGUGAUUGACAUGCUUCUAUUCAAAGCAAUGGAGGAGCUGACAAACAUAGUUGAUCAUGCUAAGCAGCGACACCACAUAAUUGGGCAGUAUGUUGUCGGCCGCGACUGCCUCGUCAAGGAUUUGGGCACCAAAGAUCAAGGAGCUUCUGAUUUCCUCAAGCGUUUCUAUGAAACCAACUAUUUCUAAUUCCAGAUCUUUAUCAAACAAGUAAAGUAUCUUUGUACUUCUCACAUUUUGAAACUAUUGCAAAUAAUUUUCAACUUUUAACUGAUGAGAUAGAAUGUAUUUCUUCCAAGAUCAUCUGAAAUUAUUUGCUUAUAAAAUUUGCAAGUUU